AUGAGUGGGAUGAAGGGAGUAUUCAAGGAGGGCUGGCACCCCAAGGGUAAAGGAGGGCAAAAGGAGAGCUGGCGGGGCGAUUUCAAAGGCAUUAACCAAGUGGCUGGAUGGAUGGGAAAAGGCAAAGACAAGGACAGCGAUCGUGAGGAACACGUCUCCAAGCCGCUCUCGUCGCUCAAGGACCCAGCAGCCUUUGGGCCACCACCGAAGCAUAUCAAAUAUCACGGUGCCGCUGCUGUCCCGAAUGAGACAACACCAGACCGGAGGGGUUUAGGUGCCCCCUUGUCGCAAGAAUCGAUUCGCCAACAGAAUACUCGUCUACAAGAGCAAGCGGAAGCCGAGGCAGAACCCCAGAAACCAGCACCCCCUCCGUUACCGUACCGUGCAAACAGGACAGGCGUUGAUCCGAGUACCCUCCCCCCUCCUCCCGUUAGACGCACGGGGUCACCAGCAGAUUCUGCGGCUUCUGGCGCUAGACCCAGCAUCCCACCCCGAAUUCCUUCACGGACCAAUUCCACGCCACAGUCCCAUUCACCUACGCCGCCUCCUGCAUACUCUCCUCAUCCUACCACAGAACAGACCUCUGAUGGCUACCUGAAUCAAGGGGCUACAUCUCGCCUUGCUCAGGUGGGAGUUUCCGUUCCCUCUCUGGGAAUCGGAAACCGUGGCGAUUCACCGAGGUCUGCGUCCCCAGCUACUGGUGGGUCAAUCGGUCAAGCUCCGGUCAGUGAACUGCAAACACGCUUCUCCCAAAUGAGGACCAAUUCCGGCAGUCCGUCUCGACCUCCUCCCCCGCCGGCCCGGGGGAGCCUAUCUGGACGGGAGUCCUCCACCGUGUCUGCGUCAGAUGUGCACAGCGCUACGUCCGCUAUUAAGGACUUCCGCGAGAAACAUGACGACAAGAUUCAAGCAGGAAAGCAGAAGCUCAGUGGUUUCAAUGAGAAGUACGGGAUCUCCCAGCGGGUAAACAGCUUCUUUGACGACCGGAAGGGCUCCACACCUUCGGACCAAGCGCCACCGCCCGUGCCUCCUCAUCCCAAUCUCAGUCGUUCCAACUCUAGCGUUGACACAGAGUCCAUUAGUCAAAAGAAGGCUCCACCACCGCCUCCCCCCAAGAAGUCAGGAAUGCGAUCUACUCCAGUGAAUGCACCAUCCCCGACGCCUCCUCCGGUGCCACUUGGCACCAAGCCACGCUAA